GGGGUCAUAACUCUGACAUUAUGUAGAUGGGUUUUUAAGGAAUUGAUCUUACCAGAGCGAUAUCUUUUAGGUAAAGGCCUCUGCAAUCUAACUGAUUUGUGGUGGAUUUAUGAUUCACGGGAGAGAUAUAAUAGUAAUGCCUUAAUCUCCUUUCUCAAACUCUGUCCUUGGUUAACUAGGCUCUAUAUCACUGUAAGUUUUUGCAAUUUUAUGAUAUAAUUAGCAGUUAAAUAUUAGAAUGAAUAUCACUUAUAUAUGUUAGCAAAGUUUGCUUGUGACCUUCUAGAUAAUGUUACCAAGUGAAAAUUUCUUCACUUUUCAUAUAUUGUCCAUGGAAUUCCAAGCCAAAACUUGAAUCGCUGCACUAUACCAAAUUGUGAUGUGAUGAUGGAACUCAUAACGGAAAUAUUGCACCAAAAUAUUAUUUAUCUUGUAGUAUUAGUUUCUGAUACUCCUUGCAAAAUCUUCAUGACUUGCUGAUUAAUGAUGCAGAUCAAUCCUAAGAGCUAUAACACGGGAAAGAUAAAGAUGUCUUCUAUCAAGGUCAGGAGGUCUAUGAAAUUGGAGCAUCUCAAGGCUGUCAUGGUAGAAGGAUUUGAAAAUGAGGAAGAGGAGUUUGAUCUGGCAAAGCAAUUGAAAAAGGUAUUGGAAGCAGAACCACUGAUUAUAAAGUGGGAUGGAACUGUGAGGCGCUUAAUAAAAGUACAUGAGUAGCUAAGGAAAGGGAGAGAUCCAUAUGAAUUUAUUGAGAAAAGAGCUGAAAAUCACUAUGAAUUGUGUCCUAAACAUCCUCACAUGGACCACUAAAGGAUAGAAGUUUUCACUUGUUAUACCUAUAAAUCAUUCACCAAAACAGAAGAAGGAAACCAUAAUCUCAAUCUUGUAUCUUGGAGUAUUGAAAGGAUUUUUGUUAUCGUACCUUUGGUUCUUGGAUGGGAAGUGCUUGCAUUGUUUUGGGAAAAAUGCUGUUUCAUUUCGGACAAGGCAGUAUUCUGGCUACGAUUAAAGAUAAGGAGGAGCUUAAUCUGAAUUUUCUGUAAUGGAGGACAAGAAAGUUCUGGGAUUUUCACCUCAGCUAGAGCUCAAUCUGCAAACUCCAAUUAAAACUUCCCUUCCAGGACAAAUGGGUACCUGGGUUUUUGCCUCUGGAUUUGGAUAUCCGGGUUGGAAUCUGGCCAGUUGGGUCUUACUUUUCCUGUUUUCUUCUUGUUGUUUAAUGUUGUGUUCUUCUCUCUUUUGCACCAAAAACAAUAGUUUCAGAAACAGACAAAAAAGGGUCUUUAAAAAAUUUAUGAGCCUGAUCAACUUUGCUUAUGAAUAUUGAUAAUUAAUUAAACAAGAAGCUCUAAAAGCUUUUAAUGUCUACCCUGCUGCAGUAAUCCUUUUCCCUGCUUGUUUUCCUAAAUUCAAAACUCAUGAACUUGAUGUGACUUGGCACUUACUUUGAACCGUGUCCUAGUAUAUGAAAAUUAGCUGUCCAUGUGUGAACAAAAUUGAAAAAGAUAUGAUUCAAUUCACAUAUAGUAUAAUUGAGUAUGAAAGAGGAUUUUGGUUUGACUUUGAAUCAAGUUCAAGAGGGCCCUUUUUUGGGUUUCUAGAUUGGUGGUAAGAUUAUUUUUCAUUUUCUAAAGUGAUGAUUAUAAGUUCAUAGGUUCAGAUCCCAGGAAUUAAUGAAAUUGGUUUGAUUCCUCCUGGUUUUAGGCCAAAUGUCCCAUUUCUUGAUACUUAUAAAUAACUCUUUAAGGGUAAUCUCCAAUUCCUUUGAUUUCCUAUAUGAAUAAGACAGGCAGACAAGAAAACAGAGUGAUCCAACAGUCAAGAAACUAAUUUCUCCAUGCAUCAUCUUUGGUUGAUUCUUAUUUGAAAAAGAGAGAAAAAUGGAGUGCCAUAAGUAGGUGAAAAGUAGCCGGCAUGGGGCAUGUACCAUCAAAAGACAUGCCCAUAUUGCUUACUUUAAGACAUUACUCAUUAUUCAAUUCAUCAGUACAUUUAUUCUUCUCUAUUUCCAAUUCUUUCUUUUGGAUUUGGGGUAUAGGCCAGAGGUGAUUCAUAGUUUCAAUCAUCCAAAAACUUGGUUGUUACAUUCCAACCUUGAUGGCAUUUUCUUGGCUUAAACUUGGCCUUUAAGCCAAUCUUUUACAAGUCAAAAGGGCUGAAAGUUCUUCACAGUUUCCAAUUCAAUAAUUAUAGAACCUUGGUCAGUCCAAUAUAAUAUGAAAGUCUAUGGCAAUGAAAGAAACAUACUUUAACAACCACUAACAUUUUCUAUUGAGUUUUGCAAGGUGCGCGUCCUUCACUACAGGUAUGGUUGUUUAUGGUCUGGGUGAGACUUUUGGGAAUUGGAUAUUUGUUUUGGCUGAUUUUUGUAUUGAAGCUUUAGCUCAUGGCUGAUGCUGAAAUGAGUUGAGUGGUGCUCUGUUGAUAAUGAUUUUAUCAGAUUUGGGUUGGAAGCGACAGGAUCUUUGAUAUGUUGGUUGAAUUGAUGUUUAGGAUCUGUCAUGCAUAUUGUGUUUUCUGUUGGAAGGGGUUGUUUUGUAUAGGGAAUGGAUGGGAUACCUCUGCUUUGUGUUCUUUUUGUAAAGCCUGGAUUUUAAGUUGAUAUGAUAGCAACUUAAAAUCUGGGGCUAACUGCUCUUCUUACAGGGAAUUGCUCAUCCCUUGAUGAUGAAUGAAAUGCUUAAUUUUUAACGAAAAACAUUUUCUUUUGAGUUUAAUUGAUCAUGGGAAAGAAACUCAGGAAGAAGAAAAAGAAGAACAGAAACAAGAAGCAGAACCAGCCCAGGGAGAUCAAUGAAAUUUCAAAUCAAAUAGAAAAUCUUGUUUUAGAGGAAACGAAUGAUGAUUUCAUUAGCAGAUUAAGAGAUGAUAUCCUUUGCCAAAUCCUUUCUUUAGUUCCUUUCAGAUGUGCAGUACAAACUAGUCUGUUGUCAACUCGUUGGAGAUAUGUGUGGAGGAAAGCAAUAGAACUUCAAGGAACAAUAGAGGAUGUUCCAAGAGUGAUCACAUCGCUUCUUGAUCCAUUUGACAAGCUUUCAUGUCAUCGAAGAAUCCGGCUUCACUUCAGACAAGGCAGUAUUCUAUCUACAAUCAAAGAUAAGGAGGAACUUCAUCUGAAUUUCUGUGCUGAUGGACAGGAAACUUUCAGCCAUUUUGACUGGAGUCUAGAGCUCAAUCCGCAAAUCCCAAUUUCUGACUUGUCUUCAUGUAUAAAAGUCCUUCAUCUAAAGUCAGUGAACAAGCUGACUAGGGAAACAGUUUCAUCUGUUGUUUCAAAGUUCCAGCUUCUUGAAAGCUUGCAGAUUUCUGAAUGCAAAGGAUUACAAUCACUUUAUAUUGAAGCCGGUUCAAGAUUUCGAAGCUUGGUUAUUUUGGAGUGUUUACAACUGAAUGACGUAUAUGUUUUUGCAUAUAACCUCAAGGAAUUGGUGUUUCAGGGACAACUUCCUUGGUUUUGGCUCAAAUAUUCUCCUCACUUGGAGUGUGUCAUUCUUGAUUUCAGAUAUGGUCCUGGCUACAAUCCCUUUGCUUGUGAAAAUCUUUUGUCCCUUCUGUUGGCUGUCAAAAACGUUAAGACUCUUACAAUAUCUGGCUGGCUUUUUAAGGUAUCAAUUUCAAAGUGGCUAUCUUCAGCUGGAGCCAUUUGGGAGAGAAAAGACGUUCUCUUCAACAAUUUAAAGGAGUUACGUUGGAUUGACAGCUCAAUGGAAAAUCACAGCAUAGCUACCUUGGUUUCUGUUUUAAGGCUCUGCCCUUCUUUGGAGAAGCUAGUCAUAAAUGUGGAUCCUGCUAGUUACUGCAGUCCAAGCAAGGGAGAAUGUAGUUUCUGGAAGGAGUACUCGAAUCGAGUUGCCAAUACUGCAACUCUGGAUCAUCUCAAUAUGGUUAAACUGAAGGGCUUCCUAGGUCAGGAAGAUGAAAUUUUAUUGGCAGAACGGUUGGUUGAGGUAGCUUCAGUGGAGCUGAUACAUGUAAAGUGAAACCAUAUGAGAUUGAACCAAAUGAAUACUGCUCAACUGGUGGUGACAGCCAAAGACUCCUCAGUCAGGCACUGGAAUGAUUGAGGUGCCACCAGCAGAAGGCUGCAGGGUGAUCAUGGCUUAUCAGUUGGACAUCCCUUUAUGAAUUAUGGCUGCCUUUAGAGGAUAAUUGCAGCUUAUGGAGAUGAAUAGUUCCGAAUCUACUUGACUCCAUUUCCAAGCUUGAUGCAACAGAAAAAUUGGGUGUAGAAAGAAAUUCUUCAAAUUGUGCAGCACCCUAGAAUAGCUUUUACAUUCCUCAUUUUAAGCUUUCUCUAGUUAUUAGUUCAUAUUGCAUUCCAAUAAAAAUUAUAGCAAUUUUCUUAUCAUUUCAAUCUAAGCCAGCUCUUCAAGAUGAGUUCCUUCU